UUGGGACGAAGAUGAAUUUAAUUGUGGACAAAUUUACAAUGUACAAAAACCAAUAUUAAGUGAUAUAUAUCACAGAGAAGACAUCUUAUGUAAAAAUAAAAACUCUUUCAAAUGUUGGCAAGGUACUGAAUGUAUAAAUUUUCGAUCAGUUUGCGAUGGCACAAAACAUUGUGCAGAUGGUUCAGAUGAACGUAUAUGUGAUAAUUGGAAUUUACAUUGUGAUCAAUUUACAGAAUUCAGGUGCUUGAACAACUACAACACAUAUAACACACGAAACUGUAUACCUCGGCAAUGGGUAUGUGAUCUGCAGGACGACUGUCCACAUGGAGAAGAUGAAUCAGUAACCAGUUGUUUAAGCAUGGAUCACCCAACAUUUAAUGGUCUAGAAACUGAUAUUGUAGAUUUUUAAAUAAAAAACAACUUUUAAAAAAUAAAUGUUUUAGAAGCAAUUUACAGCGCUAUUUUAUACAGUAUUAAAAGUAACCUUAUCAUCUGGUUUGCUUUCUAAUGAAAAUGGAGGUAUUCUACAAUCAAAUAAAUGUCCAUCUUCACGCUCCAUUCUAAAUGUUCCCC